AUGGACCACGAGAGCAACGUAGUGGCAAGUCAGAUUCCUGCGGAGAGGAUAUCUGUCAGCGUCUCGAUUCCUCAACAAACAGUUGAUUUCGAGGUGCCAGCCCUCUGGUCGCUGGGCAAAGUUUGCGGCAUCGCUUCGGAGCUCAGCAAGAACAUGGCCUGCAUGGUCUGGAUCUGGGUAGUCUGCACUCCUCAGAUGCGGUACCGCAUCACAACAGCUCGCUGGGACUGCAAUGGCCUGCUUGUUGGCCGCGUUGAUCCUCCUCCUCAAUCUGCUACUACUGCAUCCUCCCGGUCAUCAUCACCUGACAGCAGCGAGGCAGACACAAACACAAACAUCAACGCGCAUGGCAUCAAUGAGAACCUGCUGCCGCUUGCCCUCCGCGGCCGCACUGGUCCUUCCAAGCCUCCAAACCGCUGGAUUCUCUACCGUGCCGCCAAGUCAGCUGAGCUGCGGGCCGACAACCCAUCCAUGAACGCGAGCGAGAUCUCUCAAGUUGCAUCCCUGAUGUGGCAAGCAGAGUCCGCCAAGACCAAGGCAGAGUGGGAGGAGCGCGCAGCCGAGGCCCGCGAGGAGCACAUGCGCAACACUCCAGAGUACGCCGUCGCGGCCGGCCUGCGUCAGCGCGCCGCCGCCGAGAGGAAGAGGCAGAGGCAGCAGAAGACAAGACAGCAGGAGAAGCAGCAGGGCGACGGCUACAAGACGGCCAAGGAGAGUCCUACAUGCACAGAGGGCUCGGCGACGACGGACGUCGGCGCUGUCACCAACAACAGCAGCAGCAGCAGCAGCAGCAGUGAGUUGGUUGUCCCAGCCGCUACCUCGCCGGCACCAGACAGUCCCGCGUCUGACAGCGACUCUACGCCCGUCGGUAGCCCUCGACCUCGUCACGGCUGGGGUUCUGAUGGCCUCAGCAUGAUGCUCGACGCCGCUGAGUUCUCCACCCUCUUCUGA